GUGGCCCACUUAAAUAUGACUAUGAAAUGUAUGUUAGAAGGUGCUCGCUACAGCAAAGGGAUGAGGACUAGGGCUUAGAUUUAUGAGACGAGAACGAGGGUUUAGAUCUAUGUGCUCUUUGGGGGUGUCUGAAAAUGAGGUGGGAUCCUUCCAUAAGAGUGUUCCUUAUGCUAGUCAAUGUAUGCCAACACCUUCUAACCAUACAAGAUCAAUGCCAACACCUUCUAACUAUACAAGAUCACAUUCUACAAUGUCUACUACUCACGGAGUACGAACAACGAAUAAAAAUCCCUUGGCUCUUGAGAAACGGCAUAUGCAAACUAAUAUUCCAUCUUUUUCAUCUAUUGCUGAAGUUUUGUAAUACAUCCAAAAAGUAGAAACAAGUAGAUAUCUAAAAUCUAAUAUUUUUCAGAAUUUAAUUUAAUUUAAUUUAAUGCUAACGUUUUUACUGAUUUGAUUUCUUGCACCAGAUGCUCUAGGAAAGGGACGAGGGCGAGGGCUUAGAUCUAUGUGUUCCUUUGAAGAGUCUGAAAAUGAGGAGGGAUCCUUCCAUCGGAAUGAUAAUUAUGCUAGUCAAACUAUUACAAGACCUUCUAACAAUACAAUAUUAGAUUCUACCAUGUCUGUCGCUCAAGGGUUGUGAACAACUAAUAAAAUUCUUUUGGUUCAUGAGAAAGAGCAUAUGCAAACUGAUAUUCCAUUUUCUUCUUCUACUGAUCAAGUUAUGCAGUCCACCCAAAAUGUUGAAACUAGUAUGGUUUCUCAAAUCUUUUCUUAUUUUCUUAUUCUUGAUUUCACUAUAAAUCCUAACAGAGAUGAGCAAAAAGAGAUUUUCAAUUUGAAUAUGAAAGUUUUUAAGGAGCAGGCGUGAAUUAUUGAAUUUUUAGAUGUUUUGCUGGUUCCUAAAAAAUUUCAGUAACUUUUUUUUUUUUACUACUUAAGGACAAUCAGUUAGUUCGAAUAUAGUUUUAGUUUUAUUACAUGUUUUGAGUGUCAAGUUUGAGGAUCUUGUAUUUGAUGAUUUGGGUUCCUGAGUUGUCACAUGGGCAUGAGUAUUUUUUUUUUCUUGGGUGUUUUCUUUGGUUGAGGUUAAAUUUUGGAUUAUAAUGUUUAUAUUGACCAUAAAUUUUCUGUUACACAUGAAGAGUUAUUAAGUAACCUCUUAAUUAUCCUGUUCACUGUUAUGUUUUGCUUCAAGCAAACUGCUUUAGUGCUCUUUGAUUGCCUAGUUUCAACCUAUUUUUUUGCCUCACUUAUCAAAAGAUCCUAUUUCCUGCACCAAGUGCUUUAGGGAAGAAACGAGGGCUUAGGUCUAUGUGCUCCUUUGAAGAGUUUAAAAAUGAGGAGGGAUCAUUCUAUUAGAAUGCUCAUUAUGCUAGUAAAAGUAUGUUAAGACCUUCUAAUAGUACAAGAUCAAAUUCUACUAUGUAGGAUUGCGAACAACAAAUAAAACCCUUUGGUUCAUGAUGAAGAGCAUAUGCAAAGUGAUACUCCAAUUUCUCCUUCUACUGAUCAAGUUAUGUUGUCCACCCAAACAAUUGAGACAAGUUCAUGUACUACUGGAAAGGUAAAAAAAGGUUCGAGGAAGUAACAAGUGCAAAGAAGUUGCAUCACUUGAAGUUGGACAGAAGCUAAAAGUGACACUUUACAAUAAUCGAACAGUUGGAAAGAAUAGCAAUCUAUUUUCGAGGCACUUGGGAAAAAUAGUUCGUGACCGUAAUAUGUGUCCGUUGGGAGUAUCACCGUGGAAUGACAUUAAGGAAGAAAAGUUAAAUCAUAUGUGGCUAGCUGUUAAGAAGGUAAAUAAGUUAUAAGUCCCAUGAAAGGCUUUACAAACCAUUACCGACGUCCUUCUGUUAUUCCGUGCUUGGACCAGUGAAUGUGAUCUAGCAUUAUUUUGGGCCAUGGGAAGAAGAGUGGAUGAAACACUAUUAACUUCUUCUGAUAAAUUUGAGAGUGAUUACAUGGAUAUUCAUCGCGAUCAUAUUUUGAGAUGGAUGAAAGAGUUAAGGAACAAAUGGAGAGGAAAAUUGCAUGCAAAGUAUGUGAAGGGUAAGCCAAUCGAAGAGGCUCUUAAGAAUAUGCCGAAGAGGGUCGACAAGAAAAAAUGGGGGUGGUUGGUAAAGGAACAUUUUUCUACAGAGGGUUUUCAGGGAAGAAGCAACAGGAACGCAGCAAAUAGAGCUAAGUUGAAGAUGCUUCAUCAUAUUGGUAGCAAGGCAAUUAGAGAGAUUAUUUAUCAAAAGGCUCAAAUUGAAGAAUUGGUGCAGUCCGAACCGUCUCUUCUUAGUAUAGAAAUUGUAGAAAAAUGCUUUGGACCUCAAAAUCAUAGCCAUGUAUUUGGCUUUGGGGGUGGAGUAAAGGCAAAAGAUUUGAAAGGUGGAACUUCCUCAAAGGCUGAAUUAUUUUUUGAGCUACGUUCAACUCGAGAGGAAAAUCAAUCUUUAGAAGAUCAGUUGUCUAACUUCGAAAAUGAGAUGAAAGAAAUGAAGCAAUUAAAAGUGUGGGUUUUAGCUCAAUACUCCAAUUUCCAGCCUACUGCAUCAGAAUGCUCAGCAGAAUGACUACUCCUUUAAUGAUACCAAGUUAGUAAUAACAUACCCAAAACUUUAAUUGUUCUUUAAAAUAUAUUUGCUUGCUCGGUCAAUUUUUGAAGCACACGCAUACUCCCUGUCUUGACCAGAUGAAUAUAAUGUGCCCUUCUUAUGCAACUAACUGUUAACUGCCAUUGCAAAUUUGCAAUAUGUAUUAAUAGGUUAAGAAAUGAAAU